AUGUCGUCCCAGACCCUAAACCGAUACUGGAUACCGCACAUUGACAUCAACAAAAGAGUAAUAACUCAGGAGCUCCAAUACUACCUUGGACCAGAUGCAACAGUCAGACCAUAUACUCGAGAAGGCGAAGAUGGCUUCCUCAUAACGACACCUGGUGCCUGCUUGAGCGACGAACAAAUCAACGACAUUUGUCUGAAGUCAAAAGAGAUCUGGGAGAAGCAGGCAGCAGCCAAGGCAGCAUCCAGCCCUGACAAACCACUGAAGCGACCGCUGCAUCAGCCUGUGCUCAUAUCAUCUGGCGAUGGUGCCGGACGCAGAAGCAGCGAUCGCAAGAAGCCCGAACCUCGCAAGCCCUACGAUGGUAGACGCCGUAGCAACACAUCUCGAAGAUGA